AUGGAUCAGUUAGAACACGACGACAUUAUCAAAAAGAAGUACCUAGCUCGUGGGUCAGGAGAUGCUGCCACAAAAGCUUAUAUUGCAUCCAAAUACCUGAGCGGACCAUCAGAUGAAAAGAAGAAAAAGAAGCGAAAGAAGACGCAUACCAUCAACAAUAUUGGCAUUAUCGAUGAAGAAGACAUGAGCUGGGAAACGGCAGCAGACACACAGAUUGAAGAACUCAAUAGAAAACAAGAGCAGGAAAAGUUGGAACGAGAGGCUAUACAGAACGCAGGAGGUGUCUUCCGGGGCACAACUGCCAAUUGGGAGACGAUUCAAGGAGGAAAAGAAGAGGAACAGGAUGAAGAAAAGGAAGACGAACAACCCCAAGUGGUGCAGCAGCAGCAGGAUAAUGAUCAAGCACCUCGUAUGUCUAACGGACAGAGAGCAGGUGUGCUGACGAAAGCCCAAAUCAAAGCAGAGGCUGAAAGAGCAAAGCAUUUGGAGAGAGAAGCUAUGGAGCGAUUAUCAAAGCAGGAAGCGCAUGAUGCAGAUACAGUAUACCGUGAUGCAACGGGUAAAAAGGUGGACCCGAAAAUGAAGCGAGCUGAGGAGGCAAGACGUCGUAAAGAACAAAUUGAAAAAGAAGCAAGAAAGAUGGAGUGGGGAAAGGGGUUGGUUCAGCGUCGAGAAGCAGAAGAUGAAAGAAGACGACUCGAAGAAGAGAAGCACAAGCCGAUGGCUAGGUAUGCUGAUGAUGAAGAUCUCAACGAGGAACUCAAGGAAAAAGAGAGAUGGAACGAUCCAGCUGCGGGGUUCUUGACAAAAAAGACGACAACAUCCAAGGGAAAGAGGCUAGUGAAGCCAACCUACAAAGGCGCCUGGAAACCAAACCGAUUCAUGAUUCCACCCGGGUACAGGUGGGAUGGCGUGGAUAGAUCAACUGGAUUUGAAGACACAUUUUUGUUACAACAGAACCAAGCCAAAUCAUUUGCAGCUCAAGCUCAUGCCUGGUCAACUGAAGAUAUGUAG